UCAUAAAAUCAAAUUCAGUAGAUCCUAGUGAACUGACGCACAAGCCAGUAGAUUCAGCGUCGAGUAGUAAUUUUUUGCACCUCAAUGUAGCUAAGAGGAAAUGGCUGUGGAAAGCAUGACUGUCCAUCCAAACUCCCCAACUACCAACCACGAACACAACAGUCUCCUGACUGACGAAAGGUCGAGUAAUUUUACAAUCAUAUUUAAAUGAAAUUAUUUGUCCUGUGCUUUUACACAAAACGACCGGGGUUCUUUUUUUAAAUUUUUUUUUCUGUCAAAGGGAUUAAAUUCGCCUUUCUGGAAAACGAGUACAGAGGUAACGAACGCCAUUUUGACACGACAACGCCAACUGGGAAACAAAAAACAUCAACCUGGAUAGAUAAUGUACUUCCCUAAAAUUAAUUUUGAUACCACAGUCGACUUAAGCAAAUUUGUCUGAUGGAAACCAUUAUCGAAAGAAACCAAAUUAUACCUUUUUCCAAAAUUUUCGCCAGCUUUGUCAUAUAGUUCCGUUUAAAUGUUGUCCAAUUUUAAAACUCGUCGUCAACUUAACGCUCCGUCAUUUAUAUGUGUGGACACAUUAUUCGCUUGCGCAGGUGAAAUAAAUCCAGACAAUUGCUUUUUUUCCAAUUUGGGCCUUAUCCAGAGUCACAUAGCUGCAUUAGCCUGUUAGCUCGUUUUGCUGACAAACGCAGCUGGUAAGGAGAAAGCUAAGCUAAGCUAAUGGCUUUGAUGUUCGAAAAAGUCAGCUUUGAUGAAAUUAAUGUACCGUCUAAAUUCUAACAAUUUUUUAGUAGAUUGGAAUCUGCAACCUGGCGAUUUAAACUCAGUGUAUUUGAAAACGGUGUUAUAACAUUUACGCAGUAAAAUGUGCACUUGGGUCGACUUUUGAGUUGGACAUUAUUGGACUUUAAUCUUUCGAUAUAGUUUCAACUAAAGUUGAACUAAAAACUAGAGUUGUAUGUUGAGAAAAAUUCGUCCAAGUAACAAUCUGCUCUUGAAGCCUUUUAAAUUACAAAAUAAUAACAAAAAUUCCGACCUGUUUAUUGGUCAUGUUUAUUUGUCUUAACGUAUCGUUUUAAUUUUCAGACCCAGUGAUCACCCUGAAUUGUGCCAAAACACCCACAAAGUCCUCCAAAUGUGUAAAACGUCUGCAAAGCAUUCCUGAAGUCUUUCACGUCCAACACAAAGGUCCCCUUUCAGUCCCCGGUUGGCAAAUUUGCUGUAUGUAGCCCAGUUGACCCUAAUUCAAGCCCCCCCCCAAAAACCAUUGCCCCUUAAAUUUACGGUUAGAUUUUUUUGUUGAUGUUUUGAGUGCGGAGAAAACCAUUCACAGCCAGAGGAUGGAGAGCUGGAAGAAGGUGAGCUGGAAGAUGAUGGAGGAGAAAUGGAGACAGAGGAUGUUCCUCCGACAGCAGGAGGUGCCAGAGAAGGGGGUGAUGAAGCAGGUGGAGGAGGUGAGGCAGACGGGGAAGCAGCUGGGGAGAGGCCUCAGAGAAGUCGGGAGCGCCAUGCCAGCAGUGAUUCUGAUGACGAAAGAUCCCAUCGUAGGAAAAGGAAAAGGAAGAGAGAAAGGGAAAAGAGGAGGGCAAAGAAAAAACGCAAAUCCAAACACAAACGUCAUGCAUCUUCUGAUGACGAUCAUUCGGACUUCAGUGAAGACUCUGACUACAGUCCGAGUGAGAAGAGGAAAUACAGAGAGUACAGUCCGCAGUAUGCACCAUCCCAUGGAGGCUACAGUGGCUCAAAGAAGGGCAGCUACAUGAAGAUGGACAAGCAGAGCUAUGGAGGCUACGAUGACUUUGAAGAUGACAACUAUGAAGGUGAGGAAGAUGAAGACAUGGGGGAGGAAGACUAUGAUGACUUUACUAAGGAGCUCAACCAGUAUCGCAAGGCCAAGGAGGGAGGCCGUGGUGGAAGAGGGGGAAGAGGUCGCAUGUCAAAUCGGAGAGGCCGUGGUGGAAUGAGGGGAGGAAGAAGAGGCAGGGGACUAAGCAGAGGAAGAGGACGAGGGGGAAAGAUGGGAGACAACGAUGACGGAGAUGGUUAUGGAGAUGACUUUGAGUAUGGAGAUGAUGACUAUGACAACAUGGUAGAUGAAGACUACGAUGACUACACCAAAGAGCUUAGUCACUACAAGAAGUCCAAAGACAGAGGCAGAGGAGGGAGAGGGCGAAGCAGAGUAAAAGGGGGCCGUGGUAUGAUGAGAGGAGGAAAGAAUCGAGGCAGAGGGAGAGGAAGAGGUGACAUGGGUGACGAUGACAACGACAUGGACAAUGGGGAUGGGACUGGAAUAGAUGGUCCAGGAACAGGGAGGAGAAAUCAGAAUGACAAGUAUCAGGAUAAAAAAGGAAAGGCCAUCUGCAAGUACUACAUUGAAGGAAGAUGUACCUGGGGCGAUCACUGCAACUUUAGCCACGAUGUAGAGCUACCUAAGAAGAAGGAACUCUGCAAGUUCUACAUCACUGGAUACUGUGCAAGAGCAGACCACUGUCCUUACAUGCAUGGUGAAUUCCCCUGUAAGCUGUUCCAUACAACAGGUAACUGUGUCAAUGGUGAUGAGUGCAUGUUUUCACAUGAGUCACUCAAUGAGGACACCCAGGAACUGCUGAACAAGAUGCUAGCAGAGGAUGCAGAGGCUGGAGCCGAGGAUGAGAAGGAGGUGGAAGAGCUGAAGAAGCAAGGAAUAAAUCCUCUCCCCAAACCACCUCCUGGAGUUGGCCUUCUUCCCACCCCUCCACGGCCUAGUCCUGUUGAUACCAACACAGGGAGUGGAGAUUUUGGUGGGUCGCCAAUGGAUGAAUUUGAGUGUUCCUCCGACCAGGUGCCCAAUGCCAACAAGGGACCCCCAGGACCAGGUCCUGGUUCUGUUCAGACUCCAUGUGCUGGUGCUCCUGUAGUUAGCCCUGAUGGGAAUCCCUAUCAAGUGUGUCCCCCCAAUCCCAGCAUCCCACCUCCUCACUUGGGCCCCCCACCACCUUGUCCUGCAGGCAGUGGGAGUUCAGGGAAGAAAAUCCCUUCAUUAUUCGAGAUUAAAGUUCAACCCACAGGACAACUGGCUCAGAAACUCGCUGUCAGAAGCCAAACUCCUAGUCAGGGCCAGAGUUCAGCACCUGGACCAGAAGGGCCGACUGAAACAACACCACCCCACUUUCCUAACCCUCCAGGCAUGGUUUCUCCAGAAAUGCAGAACAUGGGCCCUAACCUUGGCAUGAACCAGGGACCUCCAAAUAUGGGCCAUGGUGGAAGACCCAUGAUGGAGUGGGAUGCAUCUGGUGAUGGUCCUCCACAUGGAGGUCCUGCACCACUAGGUCCUAAUCAGGGUGGAGGAAACCAAUACAAUAAUUACUUUAAUCAACAUGGUGGAAUGAACAUGGAAGGAGUUGGCCAAGAUGGUAACAACUAUGGAUUUAAUGGGGAUGAAAAAGGUGGAGCUGGAAGAUUUAGUAAUCAAUCGGGUGGUCAAGAAACCCCAACCAAUGGUGGCUCAUCUAACCAGGGGGCAAUUUCUGUACCUGAUUUCUUGCCUCCUGCACAACGAGUGUUGUUUAUGAGGAUCCAACAGAAGCAACAGGAGGAGGAAGAACGAGCACGCAGGAUGGCUGGGGGAGGAGCAGAGAAGAGCAAAGAUGCAGAAGGUGAUUCAGGGAAUUGGUAUUCCAGUGAGGAUGAAGAUGGUGGUGGUAGUGUGACCUCAAUAUUGAAGACACUCCGUCAGCAGACUCAGGUUCCUCUAAAACCUGAUGGGCCCCCAAGUGACCCAAGGCUGCAGAAGGCAACUGUUUCAAACACUUUGGCCCGUCCAGCCGAUCCCCGUUUGGCCCGGGACCCACGCUUGUCAAGAUCUGCAGAGUCCGUUCAGCCCUCUGAAUCAACCCUUUCCAUGCCCACCCCAUCAUCUGGACCACCUGCAGAUCCCAGAUUAGCCAGACUAAAUGCUACGGCUUCAGCUGGGACCACAACCCAUUUAUCUUCUGCCACUAAACCAGAAACUCCUCUGGUCUACAAACCUCCACCACUUACUACCCCUGCAGCAGAAGAGGAGGAGACGGAGCGGGUUCUGAGAGAGAAGCCCGUACCUAUCCCACUGGAUCCCCUCAUGGGCAUGGCUCUGAGGGACCCACGAUCUCAGUUGCAGCAGUUCAGUCACAUAAAGAAGGACAUUGUUCUUCACAUGCCAGCUUUUGCGAGAACUGUCACUUGGUCACCUGAAGACCUUCUCCCGCUCCCCAUUCCAAAGCAAGACCUCCUCCCUCUUCCUCCUGGCAUCCCUCCUGUCUCUUCAAUAGACCGAGGUCUGUCUCGUGCUCAGCCACAACUCCACACAUCAAUCCCACUCUCACAGCCUCCUCGUGUACAGUCUCCCCCUUCCUUGGAGCAACCAGCUCCCUCCUCCUCCAACUCUUCAAUCCCAGACUUUGAGCUUCUCUCUCGCAUACUUAAAACUGUCAACUCUAGUCCGUCCCAGAGUACCUCCCCUCCUCUCUUACCACCAUCUGCUCCUUCUGUGUCAUUGCCUCCGACAUCUGUGGAAAAACCCACUGACCCUCGUAUGGCUCGUAAAGUUCAGACUGACCCUCGUCUCCAGUUACAGAAGUCCGUGCUAAAGCAACCAUCUGAACCAUCACCACCAUCCACCUCCUCAUCAUCUCCAGCAACAACAUCCAGCUCACCUCCUCACACUACUGCCCCCUAUGAUCCACGAUUGCUUUCCUUGGGAGGAGCAGGGCGUGGUGUGGGAUCUGGAUCACCAGGGGGAGCCAGUGUGUUAAGCAGCAUCAGCCUGUAUGACCCAAGGACUAACAAACCAGGCAGCCCUAGUUCUGGUGGUUCUAACAGUUCACCCAACUCAACCAGCACAGAAUCCAAAACCAGUGAACCUACAACCAGUAAACCCAAGUCCAAGGAACCUUUAUUUGUUAGAAAGUCUGCAUUGGACCAACCAGAGCCAGAAAAGACCGUGGAACAAGGUACUGAUCGAUACAACAGCUACAACAGGCCUCGACCCAAACCCGCCCCCUCGCCUAACUCCUUGGCCCAGGGUGGUCCAACUGCAGCAGGUGUAGCUGCAGGAGGAAGUCAGGGUGCUCCUGGAAGUACUGCCGACCAAGGGCCCGCAGGAAUUCACAAUUUACCAGUGUCAACUCUGUUUGGAGUAGUGAAGCAGGCAUCCAAGCCUGGUGGGACCAGCAGCCCUUUUGGAGGAAACAGUCCAGCACAGACUGACCAGGUGUCCUCAGAGCUGGACAAUGGGUCUUUAAAGGACGUUUUUAAAGGUUUUGACCCCACAGCCUCACCCUUCUGUCAGUGACCCCUGACCUAGCAACCACAAGAGCCCAUCCUGUUGGUGAAUGUUGACUUAUUUUAACGUUUUUGGAUACCAAACAGACAUUCUAGAGUAUAGAGAAUGGUGCACAGAGGCAUUUGUUUGCAAGACUGGUGAACAUACUUUCUGAUCAGACUGAUGGUGUACACUGUAACAUGUUUGAUGCACACAACAUGGACAUGUCUAACUAAAAUGUCUCAGAUUCUAUAAAAGACUGGGGAAAUGGGGAGGUUUUAAAAAUUAAUAUCUAAAUUUCUAUUUUAUACAUAAUUAUUAAUGUAUAAACAAAAUAUAAUCUCUUCAUCUCAAUGUUGAAUGAAAUAUAUAAUGAGAGCAGAAACAUUAUUUCUUUAUAAUCUUUACCUUUCAUUUUGUCCUCAUUGUCUACAAAUCUCCUAAUCUGUGAACUGUGUCUACAGUGAUGGGCAUAUUUGAAGGUUGAUUGAGUGUUUCGCCUUGUGUUUCCUGGAUCGUCUUAGAUAUUAACAACACAAUGUUAUCCAUAUUUUUUGUAAUUAAAAUCCGCACUGAAGAUAAUUCUGAUGCUCAGAUACUUCUUGUCACCUAGCUGCCUUUCACUAUCAUCCUAUUAGAUUUAUAAUCUGUUGUUUUGUUAAAAAUAAUUAUUAUCUGUCAUAUUAGCUUUCCUGGAGUUAUGAGGAGUUAAACUAAACUUUAGUCUAUAGCAUGCUUAAUUUGUUUUAUCGAUAUUAAAUGUUUUUUCUUUUUUUAUGGAAAGCUUAAGCUAAGAUCAUAAUGUGUUCUCCUUCAGCUGUCCACUUAUCAUUUUUCCAUGUUAAUAAUCUAACUGUGAAAUUGGAAAGACUUAAGUUCUAAUGACCAUUUAAUUUGUUGCUCAGAUUCAAGAUACUCCAGUGGCACAUUAAUAUCUGGCCUACAGUUUGUCAUUUUUAUUUUAAAAACUGAUCAGGAAAGGUUAACCCUUUAAAUAAAAAACCUUGGUCAGUGAAUAUUUCAGUUCAGUGUGUUUGGAAAUAUAUAUAUAUUUUGAUUUUGAAUACAGAAACAGCCUACAUUCAAUAGAAUGGUUAAAAAGUAGCCGUAACAUGAUCAUUUUGGCUGCAGUGGAUGGUGACAGUGUGACAAUCAUCAAGGUGACUUCAAUGUGCUUUGACUGUGAUCACAGCCGGAGAAUCUAUAACUCAGUUGACACCUCAACACAUGGAUUACUUUAAAAAUGCUCAUUGUUGUUUAAAAUAUAAUCUCCCGAAUUUCAAUAAGAACUUAAUGCCUUACACAAUAAACAGUUGAAGUGUGCGAUUUUUAGCAGUGUGUGAAUAAGAUACUGCUUCUUGUUUUUGUCUGAUGCACCAGGCUUUUCCGUAAAAAGAAAAUUUGUUGGUUUGAACGACAGGUCAAACAUUGACAACUGUCCGGUGUAUAAAUGUUAAUUGUUUUAAUUUAUUUUUUAUACUUGGGAAAAUAUUUACUUCCUUUUUUUGAACUAAAUCAUUUUAUAUGCCACAGAUGUUGAAAGUACUGUUAACCUCAGUGGGAUGCAGGGAGCCUGCAACUGUAUGAAGAGAGGAGAGUAUUUUUUUAAAGAUUUGGUUUUGUGGAUACAGACUCUAACAACAAACAAAAAGAAUAGCUGUUGGCUCCCUUACUGCCAGGCCUUCAGAAAACCUCCUAACAUCUGUUAGAUUAAGAAGGUUUAAAAACGAUUGUUGAUUUGUCCCAUUUUAUGGCUGUGUUUUGUAAAUUUGUUUUUUUGUUUUUUUCUUGCCUUGUAAGUUUGACCCAUACCUUAUCUCUGGAGGAGUGGAGUUUUCUAACUGUACACUGUAGGUGAGGUUGUAUUUAAAUAAAGUUGAUAUAUGAUCAACCAUAUAUAUAA